AUGCUUCGGAUUGUCAUUCUGAUUAUUAUUCUGAUUAUUCUUCGGAUUAUCAUUCAGAUUAUCAUUCAGAUUAUUCUUCGGAUUAUCAUUCUGAUUAUCAUUCUGAUUAUUCUUCGGAUUAUCACUCAGAUUAUCCUUCUGUUUAUUCGUCAGAUAAUUCUUCGGAUUAUUCUUCGCAUUAUUCUUUGGAUAAUUAUUCGGAUUAUUCUUCGGAUAAUUAUUCUGAUUAUUAUUCGAUUAUUCUUCGGAUAUCAUUCGGAUUAUUAUUCUGAUUAUUAUUCGGAUUAUUCUUCGGAUUAUCAUUCUGAUUAUCAUUCUGAUUAUUAUUCUGAUUAUCAUUCGGAUUAUUAUUCGGAUUAUUCUUCGGAUUAUUCUUCUUCCUUCCCAGAUGUCCUCCCAGCGCCGCCUCCUUGUCCUUUUCGGCAGCCAAUCAGGGACGGCCGAGGAUUUCGCCCAGCGAAUCGGGCGCCAGGCGGAAAGGCGCCGAUUCCGGGUCCGAGUCGACGCCUGGACGCCUAUCCGGUGGUGAGUUCGGACCUCGCUUGCGCCGAAUGACGUAGUUCCUGGAGCAUGCGCAGACUUGAAACCCGAUUUUUCCUUUUUCUCCAUUUUCCUUCUUCUUGCUCUCACGUUUUUUCCUUUUUUUCCUCCAUUUUCUCCUUUUUUCUCUCCCGAUUUUUCCUUUUUAUCUCCAUUUUCUGCUUUUUUCUCUCAGGAUUUUCCCUUUUUUUCUCCAUUUUCUCCUUCUUCUUUCUCUCCCGAUUUUUCCUUUUUUCCUCCAUUUUCUCCUUCUUCUUUCUCUCCCGAUUUUUCCUUUCUUUCUCCAUUUUCUCCCUCUUUUUUCUCUCCCUAUUUUUCCUUUCUUUCUCCAUUUUCUCCCUCUUUUUCUCUCCCGAUUUUUCCUUUUCUCCUCCAUUUUCUCCUUCUUUUUCUCUCCCGAUUUUUCCUUUUCUUUCUCCAUUUUCUCCUUCUUCUUUCUCUCCCGAUUUUUCCUUUUUUUCUCCAUUUUCUCCUUCUUUUUUCUCUCCCGAUUUUUCCUUUUUUCCUCCAUUUUCUCCUUCUUCUUUCUCUCCCUAUCUUCCCUUUUUUUCUCCAUUUUCCUUCUUUUUUCUCUCCCGAUUUUUUCCUUUCUUUCUCCAUUUUCUCCUUCUUCUUUCUCUCCCGAUUUUUCCUUUUUUUCUCCAUUUUCUCCUUCUUUUUUCUCUCCCGAUUUUUCCUUUUUUCCUCCAUUUUCUCCUUCUUCUUUCUCUCCCACUUUUUCCUUUUUUCUCCAUUUUCUCCUUCUUCUUUCUCUCCCUAUUUUUCCUUUUUCCUCCAUUUUCUCCUUCCUUUUUCUCUCCCCGAUUUUUCCUUUUUCUCCAUUUUCCUUCUUCUUUUCUCUCCCUUUUCCCCUUUCUCCCUCCCUUUUUCCUUCUUUUCUUCUCUCCUUUUUUCCUUCUUUUCUCCUUCCUUUUUCCUUUAUUUUUCUCCCUGUUAUUCCUUUUCUCUCCCUUUUUCCUUUUCCUCCUCUUUUUCUCUCCCUUUUCCUUCUUUUCUCCCUUUUUCUUCCUUUCCCCUUUUCCUCCCUCCUUUUUCUCUCCUUCUUUUCUCUCCCUUUUUUCCUUCUUUUUUUCUCCCUUUUUUUCUCCCUUUUUUCCUUCUUUUUCCUUUUUUCUCUCCCUUUUCCCUCCCUUUUCUCCUCCUUUUCCCUUUUCCCUCCCUUUCCCCUUCUUUCUCUCCCUUUUUCCUUCUUUUUCUCCCUUUUCUCUCUCCUUUUUUCCUUCUUUUUCCUUCUUUUCUCUCCUUUUUUCCUUCUUUUUCUCCUCUUUUUCCUCCUUUUCCCUUUCUCCCUCCUUCUUCCCUUCUUUUCUCCUUCCUUUUUCCUUCUUUUUCCUCCCUUUUUCCUCCCUUUUCCCCUUUCCUUCCCUUUUCCUUCUUUCCCUCUUCUUUUCUCUCCUUUUUCCUCCCUUUCCCCCUUUUCCCUCCCUUCUUCCCUUCUUUUCUCCUUCCUUUUUUCCUUCUUUUUCUCUCCCUUUUUUCCUCCCUGUUCCCCCUUUUUCCCCUACCUUUUUCCCUUCUUGUCUCCUCCUAGUUUCCUUUAUUUCUCUCCCUAUUUUUCCUUUCCUUCCUUUUUCCCUCCUUUUCCCUCUUUCCUCUCCUUUUCCCUCUUUCCUCCCUUUCUCCUUCUUUCCCCUUCUUUUCUCUCCCUUUUUCCUCCCUAUUUCCUUCUUUUCUCUCUCCUUUUUUCCUUCUUUUCUCCUUCCUUUUUCCUUUAUUUCUCUCCUAUUUUUCCUUUUUUCUCUCCCUAUUUUUCCUUUUCCCCCUUCUUUUUCUCUCCCUUUUUCCUCCCUUUUCCCCCUUUCCCCCCUCCCUUUUCCCCUUCUUUUCUCUCCAUAUUUUUCCUUUUUCUCUCCCUAUUUUUCCUGUUCCCCUUUUUCCCUCCUCUUUUUCCCUUCUUUUCCCCUUCUUUUCUCUCCCUUUUUUCCUCCCUUUUUUCCUUUUUUUCUCUCCCUUUUCCCUU